CCGCGAGUUCCCCUGCAGAAUUUCUUCUUCUCUGCCGUCGGCUUUUCUCCCCCUGCUAGGCUCGGUUUUGCUUGCUAAAUUCUGGUUUCCGAUCGUUCUGUUAGUUAGCAUUGAGAUUGAAUCUUCAGUUUAUGCGAGUGAGGUAAGUAAAUUAUGGUAAAGCCCUUUGAUUUUAAAGCAUAUUUUAAACUGUUUUUGAGAUGGUGGCAAGGUUUAAAUUGAUUUUAUCAGCAUCUGAGUGUGAGUAAAUUGAAAUGAAAAUUUGAUUGAUUUUCAUGAGAAUUUCCUCGUUUUUCUGAAAUUGAGUAUGAUUGGAAUGAAAAUGAGGAUUUUAUUGAUUUUCUGGAAAUGAGCAUGAUUGAGAAAUGAAAAUGAGAAUUUCAUUGUUUUUCUUGAAUAGAGCAUGCCUAUUUGGGAAUUGACUGAACUACUUUGAUGAACUGAGAAUUUUGUAAAUGUUGAGUUUUCUGUUAAAUCCAUGCCUGCAUGGAAAUUUUCCGGUUUGUUCUAAAAUUCAGGAUUGAUUGUGAAAUUCGGGUUUUUUUGUAAAUCCUGCAUGGUUUUGUCUCGGAUAUAGUUAUGAUU